AUGGGGCCAUGGUUGAACCAUUCAACUUUAGGUGACUUCAUCCUCUUGGGCAUCUUCUCACACAACCAAACUGAUCCUGUCCUUUUCUCUGCCAUCCUGGUGGUCUUCGCGGUGGCUGUGGCUGGGAAUAUGCUCCUUCUGUUCCUGAUCUAUAGUGAUGCCCAGCUCCAUACUCCCAUGUACUUUUUCCUUAGCCACCUCUCCCUUAUGGACUUCGCUCUGAUCUGUACCAUUGUACCCAAGAUGGCUGACAAUUUUAUACAUGACAGAAAAUCCAUUUCUUUCAUUGGAUGUGGGCUGCAGAUUGGCUUCUUUGUUACCCUAGUUGGCUCUGAGGGCCUUCUACUGGGCCUGAUGGCUUAUGACCGCUACGUGGCCAUCAAUCGCCCUUUGCGCUACCAUGUCCUUAUGAGCCAACGGGUGUGCUUUCAGAUUGUUGGUAGCUCUUGGGCCUUUGGAACCCUAGAUGGAUUAAUCCAGGUAGUGGCAGCCAUGACUUUCCCCUACUGUGGUUCUAGAGAGGUAGAUCACUUUUUCUGUGAGGUGCUAGCUUUGUCGAAGCUGGCUUGUGCUGACACAUCCCUCUUUGACACCCUCCUUUUUUCUUGUUGUGUCUUCAUGCUCCUCUUCCCUUUCUCCAUAAUUGUGGCUUCCUAUGCCAAAAUCCUGAGAGCUGUGAUCAACAUGAAUUCUACCCAGGCCCGUCAAAAAGCUCUGGCCACCUGCUCAUCCCACCUGGCAGCUGUCUCUCUGUUUUAUGGGACAGCCAUGUUCAUCUAUCUGAGGCCCAAACGUUAUCAUGCUCCUGGUCAUGACAAGGUAGUCUCCCUCUUCUACACCAUCCUCACACCCAUGCUCAACCCCUUGAUUUAUAGUUUGAGAAACCGUGAGGUGAUGAGGGCAUUGAGGAAGAGGCUAAGCCACUGGGUUACUGCUUGCCAGAAAUGA